AUGUCCACCAUCUCAGCCAUCCUCUUUCUGACGAUCCCAUUGUUUACCAAUGCUCAGGACUACGGUGGCAGCCCAGCGCCAAAAUCUUCCUCCGCCUCGGCAGCAGCAGCUUCUUCUGCGCCUGCGGCUGGGGUUCACGUCGUCGAUGUCGGCAAGACAGGAUUCAACUUCAUGCCCAGCUCACUGACGGCCAAAGUGGGUGACCAAGUUGAGUUCCAUUUCGACAAUCCGACACAUUCCGUUGCGCAGAGCGUCUUUAACAGUCCAUGCGCGCCGAGUGGUCCGACAGGUUUCUGGAGCGGGUUUCCUAACGACUUGUCGAAACCAUUCACGAUCACAAUUAACAGCACAGAUCCAAUAUGGUUCUACUGCGCCCAAGUCAGCCAUUGCCAGAGCGGUAUGGUCGGUGUCAUCAACCCUCCAUCUGGUCAAACAAUUGACGACUUCACCUCCGCUGCCAAGAACGCGCCCAACAGCAAAGCACCCACUACCAUCCAAGGUGGUGUCUUUGCUGCUGCCUCUGGUGCCAAGACGUCUGGCUCUGCGUCCGCUUCGGCCUCUGGAACUGGGUCCGCUGCCACUUCGAGCGCCUCGUCUGUCAGUGGCGUGGAGAGGCUGUCUGUCGAUGUUAUGGCUGCGUUGGGUGCGGGUGGUCUCAUGCUGGCUUGGAUGAGCUAG